AUGGCGGCUUCGGAGCCUGAAAGGAUACACCCCGAUGCAAGAAACCCGGAUCACGAAAUAUCUCAAGUCAAAGAUAAAAUUGACCAUGACAAUGACGGAAAUACAGAACCAAAUGCAGAGAAUGAGGGAAAUUUUCCAUACAUUCGCGGCUGGCGAAUGUAUCUCUUGACUACUGGCAUCUGGCUGAGCCUGUUCCUUUCCACGCUGGAGACUACAAUCGUCAGUACUUCACUGGUCUCUAUCACCAAUGCUCUUGAUGGGUUUGGAAAGCGAGAUUGGAUUGUUACGUCUUAUCUUUUGACCUAUACUGGAUUCCUCGUGAUAUACGCCAAGUUGGGAGAUGUAUUCGGCAGGAAGUCUAUGUUCCUACUGGCCUUGUCUUUAUUCACUAUCUUCUCGAUCCUUUGCGGUGCUACAAAUGACGUUGUGGAACUCAUUAUUUUCCGUGCCUUUCAAGGCAUGGGGGCAUCUGGAAUAUAUUCCAUGAUUAUGGUGAUAGCGCCGACCUUAGUUCCCCCGGAGAAAUUUGGGAAAUAUCUUGCGAUAAUAGCCUCAGUUUUUGCUAUCGCGAGUGUGCUCGGUCCCAUCCUUGGGGGAGCAAUCAGCAACAACUCCGCAUGGAGGUGGAUAUUUCUAUUGAACGCACCGGCGGGAUGCGUUUGCAUUGGGAUUGUGGCCUUAAUUUUGCCAUCAUCGAUUUCAUCUCGACCGGACGUGAAGUUCACAAAUCAUUUGCGGGCCAAGAUCUCCGGAGCGGCACUCAGAAGAGUAGACGUUGUUGGGGUGUUUCUACUCCUCGCAUCUUCUAUUCUUCUCGUUUUCGCCUUGGAGGAGGCUGGCACUCGCUAUUCCUGGAGUGACGCUGUUACUAUAUCUACUUUCUGCGUUGGAGGUAUCGCUGGUAUUCUGUUUGUUUUCUGGGAAUUGUUUCUUGAAAAAUCGACUUCAUUACAGGAGCCUGUUUUCCCACUUCGACUUCUCAAGAAUAGGUUGUUGGCAGCUAUGAUGGCCACUGCUUUCUUUACCGGCUUCCCAUUUGUUGCAAUCGUCGUCAAUAUCCCCCAACGUGCCCAAGUUGUUAGUGGACUUUCCUCGGUGAAGGCAGGACUGGCCUUACUCCCCUUGCUACUCACAUCUCCACUUGCCACAUCCGUUUCCGGCAUGCUCACCUCUAACCUCAAAAUCCCUCCUUUUUAUUUGAUACUUCUAGGAUCCAUUUUGCAAUUCAUCGGAGUGGGAUUAACAUGCACGCUGCCAACCCAUUCAUUUGAGGUCUCGCCGCAGCAGUACGGUUACGAAGCACUUAUGGGACUUGGGUUUGGGUUGAGUUUGACUACCAUACUAACACUUGCGCCGCUGGUAAUAAAGGAGCCUUAUUUAGGAGUAGCAAUGGGGGCUCUCACACAAGUACGUGUUUUAGCGGGCACGAUAUCACUAGCAAUAUGCUCGACAAUCCUCAACAACUGUCUCAGACCAAAGAUGGCCUCCGUGAUCAGCCCCUCUCAACUUCGAGCCAUCUCAGACUCCCUCUCUGCAAUUGACGAUUUAACACCCGCUCAACGGAUCGCCGUGCGACAGGCGUUUGGGGAGGGGUAUAAUAAGCAAAAUAUAUUCUUAACUGCGUUUUCAGGCGUGUCGGUUUUAGCAUCAUUGUUUAUAUGGGAGAAGAAACCGAGGAGGGUGGGAGAACAGCAGCAAGCAGCCAACCUCUGA